CACAAUAUUAUUAAUAUUAUUAUUUUUUAAAUACCCCUUCUCAUAGAGUAGACCUCAAAUUUUUACACAGUGUGGACUAAGGUCGCUUCUGAGGCCCCUCCAGGGAUUAGGGGCUCUGAAGCUUAAGUUCAUUAGUUUCAUAGUAGAUCCGCCCCUGGUUGUGGUCGCUUCCUCCUAGUGGUUUCUUUACCUUGAGUUCCGUUAUCAAAUCCGAAACAAUAGAAACAAUUAGAAACAAUAAUAAGCGGGAAAAAUAAAUAAUGAGAUUUGAAUUAAGUCAAGUAAGGCAAACUUAAUGCAAUAAAAGCUUUACACUGUACCAGUACAUGUGGCAAUAAACUAAACUAAACUAGAGCCUUGAUGAAGGCAAACCUGGAAUGUUGGUACAGUUGGUCUCCAUACCUAGGACACAUUAAAGUGAGUGCAACAAAGAUUCACGAGAACAAUUCCAGUGAAAAUGAGUUUACCACAGGAAGAAAGAUUAGACAGGCUGGAACUACACAUCAGAAUAAGAUGUAGCUGUACGGACUGAGUUAAAUAAAAAGUUCUUCAUCAGAGAGGUGCAUAAUCUUUGGAAUUAUAUACUCUGGACAAUGACGUUGUCUUUGUUCAAAAGACAGCUAGAUACAUUUAUGGAUAUUAAGGAAAGCAAGGGAUAUGGCGAGCAUGUCGGAAAAUGACAUUGAGACCAAUCAUCUUGCUUGCUGAUGAUUCUCUCUGCUUGAUUUAUCUAUCCAUCAAUGACCCAACCACAUACGUUGAAAGCCUAUCUGACCUGGUUCUGAUCCUCAGUCACAUUUCUGAAAGCAACUGGUGGUUCUUAAUGAAUGGUGGAGAGGACUCAAAGGGCCAGAUGCCCUUCUCAUGUUAUUUCUGUUGAGCAAUGGAAUUUAAUGCUGUCAGUCAUUUUCCUCAUCUCAUUCAAUAAUCCUUCAAUUUCUGCCUCUAUAUCAGAAACUUAUUCAAAGAUUAUAGUCGAUGAAUUUCGGGAAUCUGAACAGAGUUUAAUUCAUCGACAAACAUUAGUGCUCAACAAAACCUUCUUCGCACAAUUCAUGAAUCUGAAAACUCCAAAUGAGAUUGACCUUGGACGUCUUGUCACACUUAUAGAACGUGGUGCUGACGUAAAUUUCUCAGACAGGGAAGGCCAUACUGUUCUGCAUGAGGUGGCUCGAAACUGGCAUGUAGAUGUUGCAUCAUUUCUUGUAGAGAGAGGUGCUGAAGUGAAUCGCACAAACGUGUAUGGCAGGACACCUCUUCAUGUGGCAGCUUCUGCGAACAAUGUGGAAAUAAUUGAAUUCCUUAUCCAGAAAGGAGCAAAAGUGGACGUAGUUUCAGAUGGUGACCUGGUGACACCAAUGCACUGUGCCGCAAAAAACGAUGCCGUGGAUGCUCUCGUAUGCUUAUACAAUCAUCAUGCAAAUAUUCACAAAAGAGACUUCAAACAAAGGACACCACUCUUUCUUGCUGCUACAUAUGGUUAUAAUGAUUCAGCCAUGAAGUUACUAAAGAUGGGAGCUAGUGCAACAGUAGAAGAUGAUACAGGAUUCUCAUGUCUAAUGGAAAUGAUAAUCAAAAUGCCUACAGUGGCAAAAUAUGCAUUAGACCAGCUGCACAUUAUUGAUGAAGCAAGAAAGAAACAGCAAUAUUACCUCACAUACGUAACACUUCAUUGUGAUAAUGCUGGUAAAACCGAAUGCCACAAGAACCUGGUAAGAUAGUUUUCUUUUAACAUGGGCAGUUUUUUCUUAAUGUCUCAUUAUAUUCUUGCUAUCAUUUCUCAGUUUACACAUCAGAGCAUUGUCCUGGGCGCAAUUAUUUUCAACUGCUUCUUCAAUGACCUUCUUUCCAUCAAUAAGUGGAAAAUGGGGAUGCUCGUGGAUGUUGCCAAUUCAAUUACUUUCGCAACUAUUCAGCUAAUGAACCAGUGCAUGCCUCCAUUCAGCAAAAUUCAGGGGAACAGAAAAAAUGGGCAAUAACCAUCUCCAACAUAAGAACAUCUAACUAUUUAAUCCUGAUGUUCACAGUAUUAUCACCAUCAAGUCUUUAAACAAAGUUGGUCAACAUUGAUCAGAAACAUGACUGCCAAGCAACAUAAAUACUGUGGUUCCAAGAAUAGGUCAUAAACUGGGUAUCCUGCAGUGAAUUUCACACUUUCCAAUCCACCAAAACCUUCCACCAUCUACAAGGAACUUGUCAGGGCAAUGAUAGGAUAUCAUCCACUUGCCUGGAUGAGUGCAAUUGCAACAACUGUCAUGAAGCUUGAAUCUCUUCUCAGCCUAUUUGAUUGGCAUUUUAUCCAUAAACCUUGAACCUUCAUUCUCUUCACCCAGCACCACAGCGGCGGGAGUAUAUAAUCUGCAAACAGCAUAGUGAUUACAUCUAGACUACUUUCACACCAACUCUGCAAGCUGCACCUGUACCCUUGAGAAAAAGGGCUUCAAGUGCAUGGGAGUCAUGACCUACAUGUUUUCCAUCUAGAUGUGUCACCACUCUGAAGUCCAAAUCCUAGAACUCGGUUUAGGUUUUGGUUUAGGAUUAGGUUUAUUAUUGUCACAUGCACCGAGGUACAGUAAAAAGCUUAAUUUUGCAUGCUAUCCAAAAAAAUCAGAUAAUGUAAAAACAUAAUCAAGUCAAACUCAAGUAUACUAGGUAGAGCAAAUGGAAAGAUACAGAAUGCAGCAUAUAGAUCUCAGCAUUGUUACGCAUCAGUUCCAUAGACAUUAUAAUAUCAGCAUUGGUGUAGAAGUGAAUUGGACAGUACCCUAGUUUAUGGAAGGAUCCUUCAGAAACCUGAUAACAGAGAGGAAGAAGCUGUUCCUGAGUGUGAUGGUGCAUACUUUCAAGCAUUCUAUAUUUUCUGACAGAGGGCAACAGGGAGAACAAUGAAUGGCCGGGGUUUAACAAGAUUUGAUCUGCUUAUUUCAUUUGAAGUUGGUUCAUUUGUGAACGUAAAGAUAUUUUAUUUAUUGAUUUAUUAUUUAUUUAUUAUGUGUACUCUGCACUUCUGUUGUCAUUCUCAUAUCAUCUAUCAUUCAACAUUUUCAACAGGGUGACACACUGGUGAAACUGGUAGAGCCGCUGUCCUACAGCUCCAUAGACCCGGGCCCAAUCCCAACACCGGGCACCGCCUUCGCAGAGCCUGCAUGCUCUCCCAGUGAACAUGUGGGUCCCCCUGGCACUCCGGACCCCCUCCCCCUCCUCCACACCUGAAAGAUGUGCGGCCUGCAGGCCAAUUGGCCCCUGAAAAUUGUCCCUUCUGUGCAGGGUGUGGAUGCAAAAGUGGGAUAACAUAAAACUAGUGUGAAUGUGUGAUUGGUGAUCGAUGAGGACUCCCCAAUAACUUUGAGCGAAGAACUCAUCGGAAGAACUGCAGUAAUUAAGAAGUCAGCUUACUACCAGUACACUAGGUAGUUAGGGAUGGACAAUAAAUGCUGGUCUUGAAAAGUGAAUAAAUCAAGAAACAACCUAAAACAAAUCUGCAAAGAUAAUUGUUGAAAUGUAUUGAGACCUGGUUUAUAUUUAUCAAGUAAAAAAUAUAAAUUUUCCUUGGAAUGACUCAAGCUUCUGAUAUGUUAAUGUUUUUAGAAAGUAAUUGAACAAAGUGAUAUCAGCAAGUUUACUAUUAAUUGAAGCCCCUGUCCCACUCUGCCGAGUUUUCCCUUGACUCAUACUCGCAGCAUGGUCGCCACGAGGUUGUAGGAGGUCGUAGGAGGUCUAGGAGGUCUUUGUAACUCUUCCUCAUGCUCGUGAGUGGUCUCCGCGUACGCGUGGCCUCAAGUAGUAAUGUCCACGAGUAAAAAAGGUCAGGAUGGAAAAAGUUUAUACUUUUUACUCAUAGGUAGGUCGUAGGUAGGUCGUGAUGGUAGUCGUAGAUAGUUGUGGAUAGUCGUAGGUAGUGGUGGGUCAGUAACUGACCCGAGAAAAAAAAUGCAAACAGGACAUCAUUUUAUCAUGUGAUCAUUUUCCACCCGUAGCUAGUCGUAAUUGGUCUUAGGUGUGGAAGACUGAGGUCGAGCGGGGUCUUAGGAGGUCGUAGAUAUAGUCGAAGGAGGUCGUAGAUAUAGUCGUUGCAGGUCGUUUACAUAGUCGUAGGAGGUCUUUUAAUUCGGCGAGUCAACACGACCGUGACAUAUUUUUCAACUCGUCUAGUGUCUUCUAAACUCGUGGAUUAGGUCGUCCAAGUGGGGCGGGCCGGGCCCUUAAUGCUACUAGAUUUGUUUUGUUAUUCAUGGUUUCAAUUAUUGUUUCCUACAAAAACAGAUUUCCAGUUCACUUUUGAAAGCUGCCCAAUUGUUCUUUAAGCCAAUGCAUUCCAGAUCAUAACAGAUCAUUGUUUUACUAAGCUAGACACAAAAAGCUGGAGUAGCUCAGUGGGUCAGACAGUAUCCCUGGAGAAAAGGAAUACGUGACGUUUCGGGUCGAGACCCUUCUUCAGACUGAGAGUGAGUGGAAAGGGAAAUGAGAGAAAUAAAUGGUGAUAUAGAGAGAUAGAGAACAAAUGAAUGAAUGAUAUGCAAAAAAGUAACAAUGAUAA